AUGGCCGACGAUGCGCCGAUUGCCGUGGACCCAAACAUCUAUCUGAAUCAUCAAGAUGAUGACUGGCAAUCCGAGACCACUUCAAUUGGGUCUUCGAUAUAUAAGGGCAUCAUAGAGAAUGGCAGACGAUACCAGACCCUGAAAAACGAGUACUGCUACCCUUCCGAUGAACAGCAGUUCGAGACCUACGAAGCGACACACCUUGCAGCCCUUGUCGCAGAUUCAGGCCGAACGAAUCCGCUCUUCCAAGCGCCCCUCGGCUCUUCGCCAAAGAACAUCCUUGAUAUCGGCACUGGAAAGGGUUCCUGGGCCAUCGAUGUUGCCGAUAUGUUUCCCGACACAACCGUUCGCGGCGUCGACCUGUUUCCACCUCCCGUCACCUGGAUGCCUCCCAACUGCAUUCUCGAGGUAGACGAUAUCCUACACGAGUGGACCUGGCGCGAAAAGUUCGAUCUUAUCCACCUUCGCGUUAUACAGUGUGCUUUCACCCCUCAAGAGACUGCGCAGUUGAUGAAGCAAUGCUAUGAUAAUCUCGAGCCCGGUGGCUGGAUUGAGCAUCUUGAGCUCCACCCAAAUAUAUACUGCGAUGAUGAUAGCAUUCCGAAGGAUAACCUUCUCUUUAGCGUUGGACCUACCUGGGAUGCAGCCGGUGAUGAGUCCGGAAGACCGAUGAACAUCAUCGAAACAAUGCGGGAAUCGAUCGAAAAGGCUGGAUUCAUCGAUGUCCACGAAAUAAAUGCUAAGUGGCCUCUUGGACCGUGGCCUAAGGAAAAAACAAUGAAAGAGCUUGGUUUGAUCAACCUCCAGCACUGGCUAACUGGUUUAGAGGGAUAUGCGAUGCACUUAUUCACCAAGUAUGGAAAGCCCGUCCCGUGGACCUCGGAGGAAGUGCAGGUUUAUAUCGCGGGGAUUAGAAAGGAGUUGCUGAAUCCUCGUCAUCAUCCCUACCAACGUGCUAGGAGAAUUUGGGCUAGGAAACCAUUUCCCAGUGAGGAGGCUAAGAACUUGAAGACUGUUGAGAUUAAGAAGGAGGAGACCGCCGAGAGACCCGUUCAAGUCAAAGUCGAAGUCGGACAAGACUGA